UGUCCAGAGGCUCAAAACCUCCUUUUCAGGCAGCACACUGACUUACUCAAGAUGUCAAUGGACGUAACUUUCCUGGGCACGGGCUCAGCUUAUCCCUCCCCGACAAGAGGAGCCUCGGCGUUGGUGCUUCGCAGGGAAGGAGAGUGCUGGCUCUUCGACUGCGGCGAGGGGACGCAGACACAGCUCAUGAGGAGCCACCUCAGAGCAGGCAAAAUUACCAAGAUUUUCAUAACUCAUCUUCAUGGUGAUCACUUCUUUGGCCUUCCUGGCUUGCUGUGUACCCUUAGCCUCCAAGCUACCUCUGACCCAAACAAGCCACCAGUUGAUAUUUAUGGACCACUAGGACUGAGAAGCUUUGUCAAGAGGAGUAUGGAGCUCUCCCACUCGGAGCUUCUCUUCCCUUACACUGUUCAUGAACUGAUACCUACACGUGACCAGUGCCCUGCAGAAGAAUUUAAGGAGUUGUCUUAUUUGGACAGAGAUGAGAUGUCUUGCCAGGGAAGUCAAGGGAGAAAACUGCACCUGGAUCCUGUGGAGAACUCCUACUUGCUGAUUGAGGAUGAGCAGCUGGUGGUGAAAGCAUUUCGCCUCUUUCACCGCAUCCCUUCCUUUGGCUUUGUGGUGGAAGAGAAGCCCCGGACUGGAAAACUCAACGUGCAGAAACUAAAAGACCUUGGAAUUCAGCCAGGACCUUUAUAUGGGAAACUGAAGAGUGGAGCUCCAGUUGUUCUGGACAAUGGAGUGACAGUUUCUCCUUCUGAUGUCUUAGAAGACCCUAUUGCUGGAAGGAAAAUCUGCAUUUUGGGGGAUUGCUCAGGUGUGGUUGGAGAUGCAGCUGUGAAGCUUUGCUGGGAGGCAGAUUUACUGAUCCAUGAAGCCACUUUGGAUGAUACACAAGAGGAAAAGGCCAGAGGGCAUGGACAUAGCACUCCCAAAAUGGCAUCAGAGUUUGCAAAGCUGUGUAAAGUUAAGAAACUAGUGUUGAAUCACUUCAGCCAGAGGUAUAAACCAGCUGCUCAGAGAGGUGAGGGAGAUGCAGACGUCACUGAGCUGAAGAGACAGGCUGAGUCUGUGUUAGAAGGUCAGGAGGUAACACUGGCUGAGGACUUCACUACCAUAGACAUUCCAAUGAAAAAGUAAAAAGCUCUGUGUGCAUAGGAUGGGGUUGGAUAGCACCGAAAAGCAGUGGUGGGGGAGGGUUUCUGGUAUCUGAAUUAAUUCUUUUCCUUGGCACGCAGGAAAUAUUAGGCCUUCCCCGUUCCAGAGAGACAGGGAACUGCCAGAGAGACUCCAGCAGAGGCUGCACAGAUGCUGAGGGGCUUGGAGGAGCUCUGUGAGGAGCAAAGGCUGAGAGCCUUGGGGCUGAGAGCCUGCAGCAGAGCAGCCCCGGAGGGCAUCUACGCAAUGCUUAGCAAGAGCUAAAUUUGCUGUGAGGGGCAAGUAGCUGGAGCCAGGCUCUUGGCAGUGGUGCCCAGGGACAGGGCAAGGGACAGUAGGCACAAAGUGUCACCCAGGAGGUUCCAUCUGACCACAAGGAGAAAAUUGCUUGGUGUGAGGGUGCUGGAGGCCUGGAGCAGGCUGCCCAGAAUGGUUGUGGAGUCUCCUUGUCUGGAGAGCUUCCAACCCCCAUCCUUGGCCAUUGUGCUGCUGGCAAGCUGCUGUGGGUGCCCUGCUUUAGCAGGGGGGGUUGGACUGGAUGCUCUCCAACCCUCACUUUGCUGGGACUCUGAUGCAAACUUGGCAGAGAACCUGACAGAGUUAGCAUUGCUUUUGUAAAGUAAGAAAAAAGGAUCCUCACACACCUGGAGCUUGGACCACAACCUGUUCCGUGAUGGUUACAGACACUCCCCCUCCCAGCAAAACAAAUGUGUUGCUGUAAGCCUUCACAGCUCAGGGACCUUCCUAGGACCACAGAUGCCUAGAGCAGAGCAUUGGGAUCAUUUACUCUUGAGGAGGGUUUAUGUUCUGCACCAGAAUUGAAGAUCCCUUGCCUGUUACAAGCUUUUGGAAAGCAUCUACCUGCAUGCUGCAUUAGCCAAUUUCUAUGGAAGUGGAGAGUCUUACACUGGAACUAAUAAAACUUUUACAGCUCUGCCAA